GAUUAUUGGUGUAAGGACGACAUGAUUAGCCAUCCAUUUCCAAAGACCAUUAUGUCUCGUAAUCGUUUCGAGCUGACGAAAGCAUGGUCCCUUUCCGUGGGAGAAUUAUUUUCAGACAAUACAAUAAACAAAAGAGGCAUAAAUACGGGAUUAAAGAAUUUAAACUAUGUACCAUACCGGGCUAUACUUAUAAAGUAAAAGUAUACGCGGGGAAAAAUGAUGAUGUUCAUAACACACCCACAAAUGUUGUGAUGUCUUUAUGUGAAGAUCGUUUUGAAAGAGGGCAUACAUUAUUUACGGACAACUGGUACACAAGCAUUACAUUAGCCAGACAAUUAUUACAAAGAGAAAUGCAUCUCGUCGGCACCGUAAGAAAAAAUCGUAAAGGUUUACCAAAAGAGGUCAUUGAUGCCAAACUUAAGCGUGGAGAGUAUAAAGCUGCAGAGAGUAACGACGGAAUAACGUGUUUAAAAUGGAAGGACAAGAGGGAUGUGUAUGUUCUAUCCACUAAACAUACUGAUCGAUUUGUUAAUAUUCAACAGCGUGGGAAAACUAUACGGAAGCCAAAAAUAAUUGUUGAUUACAAUAUGGCAAAGGGUGCGGUAGACCUCUCUGAUCAAUUAGCGUCUUAUUCGACUCCACUACGAAAAUCUGUCAAAUGGUAUAAGAAGCUUGCCAUUAAUUUACUACUAAACACUACAGUGAUAAAUGCUCUAAUUUUGUAUCAGUCAGUCACAAAGAAAACUAUUCAAAUAGUAGAUUUUAGAAAGGAAAUUGUACAACAAUUCUGCCAAACAGAGAGCGAGGAGUAUCGACUUCGUGAGGUGCCUAAACGGUUGAAGCAUCAAUUGUCUAAAAAAGAUGGCAAAUCUAAAAGUACCCGACGUUUGUGCUCUGGAUGCUAUAAGCAAAAUGUCAUUUUGAUGGGCCGACAAUAUGCUAGAAAUAAAACCAAGAAAGUCAACACAUUUUGUGAAACCUGCCCUUGUAAGCCGUUCAUGUGUUUUGAUUGUUUUUUUUUUCAUUUUUAUUAUGUAUAAUUAAGAAAGAAGUCAUUUAAUUUGUUUGAUCUCCAAUUUUAAGUCAUAGCGUAGAGUACUGUAUUUUUUAUUUUAUAAUAAAGGUAUUUUUCUAAUAUUUGGCAUGCUUAAUUUUAUACCCCAAUGAUGUAAAUAAUUAAAAUCAUAACUGUAUGACACAAUUUAUUUAACUAAAAGUCAUCCGUAUAAAUGUUAAACCAGAAAUGUCAGAGAAAAAAUGUGUCGGGUCCAUCAGGUCCCAAAUAUCUCAAAGACUUGUAAGAUUUUUGCCGCGCUAAGGCGCGAGGUUUGUUCUACAGCGCCCCGCGGGUCACUGCGAAUAGCGUUCACAAACUUAUUUGUCUGCCAGACCAGUAAAGACAUUUUAACGCAGAUCGUACUGGCAGUCAAACCGUGUGUGCCGCGGCCCGAUGGACCCGGCUCAUUGUCAGCCAUACGGUGUCUGCCAUGGCCCAUAGGGCGAAGGCGUAUUUUUUUUAGGCGUUCAACGUGUUAAGGUAUUUUACUUAGAUUUUUUUUAAGUGGGGAAUAUCAUCAAAUGAUUUCUCCCGCCCGGGUGAGGCGGAAGGGAG